AUGGCUCCUCUUCGCUGGUUGCCAUUGGCGCUCUGCGGAUCCAUCGCAGCUUUGGGCGCCUCCGACAAUUCCAGCUGCCUGAGAGCUCAGACAGAAUCAGGAGCAGAAGGGGAAUGCGAGCCCCAAUCUCUUCUGCAGGCUCGGACGCACGACGCGCAUGGCAGGCAACUUCUUUCCGCAGGUCGGUGCUCCGCCGGUGCCUCGGUGAAGUGCCCAGACAGCGGUACUUCGUGCGCAGGCAACCAAUGCUGCCCCGAUGGUACCGUCUGCCCUUCUGCCUACGCCAACUUCACCGGAUGCCCCAUCCCUCAGAAGUCGCAAGACUGUACCACCCCGGGCGGUGGCUCAGUGACGCCUGCACCCGCACCCGUCCCAGCACCGGCCAACGGCAAUUCGGCUGUGACUCUUGAAUGCUCAGGAGACGGAUUCAUCGAAUGCUGGACGUUCUUCACGGCACCAGACCCGACCCACGGCGACGUCGUCUACGUGGCUGAAAGUACCGCCAUCGACUUAGGCUUGUAUCACGUGCAAGACGGUGUUGUGUACCUGCGGAGCAUCGUGGGUCAGAACGAGCCGGCCAAGAGUAUCAGACUCCAAUCUCGAUCUGUCUACCAGGCAGGCCACGUCUGGCUGAUUGACAUCGCACACAUGCCCACCGGCCAGGGGACGUGGCCAGCUUGGUGGUCCUUCGGGCCGGAUUGGCCGAACAAUGGGGAGAUUGACACGAUCGAGACCGUGAAUAUUGAGAACAACGUGCAGUCUACUCUCCACACCUCUGCCGGAUGCUUCAUGUACAUCGAUGGGAUCAGCACCCCGGACUGUGUUUCCGGGCAGGGACAAAGCGGAUGCGGAGUGAACGGUCCCUACGCCAGCGCGGGUCCGGCUUUCAAUACGAACGGAGGCGGAGUCUUUGCCACCCAGUGGACCAAUGAGGGCAUCUACAUGUGGUUCUUUCCCCGUGGCCAGAUCCCUGCCGAUUUAGACCAAGGCAAUACAUAUUCAUGGGGCAAACCUUAUGUGACAUUCCCCUUCUACAAUUGUCCCUCUUGGCACUUCAACGAUCAACAGCUCGUGAUCAACUUGGACUUCUGCGGUGAUUGGGCAGGUUCAGUGUUUCCAGGCGGGAACCAGGCUUGCAUCGAGUACGUCCAAAACCCCGCCAACAAGGAGGCGCUAUCGGAAGCUUACUGGGCGAUCAAUUACGUGAAGGUCUUGUUCUGA